CGCGCAGUGUAGCACUUGGGAAAGCCGCCAGUGGGAAGGGGCGCCCGCCGCAAGGGGGUCUGCAGGUGAGCCUCCGGACGACCACCGCAAGGGGUCUGCAGGUGAUGUAGCAGAGGAGCGGCGAGUACAUCACGGACAGGAGGUGGAACAAGUAGAUGACAGAACAAAUAAAGCUAAGGAGAAUAACAAUAAAGAUCAAGAGCCGGCGCCGUUUUUAUUUCCGUACUACAACGUAAAGUCCUUCCUCGAUAAGGAGCUCGACCGCGAUUUCUGCUCUGAGUUUUGGUAUUUGUACAGCUUGCUGCAGUUGGGGCAUCACUCUGACAUUUCGCGCGUCACACCAAUCUACGCCAUUCGCAGUAUUCAGCGGUGGUUCUGGUACCCGCUGUAUGAAAUGCAAAAAUGUCUGGGUCUGGAAGAAUGCAGGAGUUUUUCAUGCAGAUUUUGCAUGACCCAUGAGAUCUGUGACGCAUGCCCUAGCAUCAGAGAUUUUGCGAGGGCUUUCUGAUGCUCAUACCGCAUGAGAAACGCCCUCUCCGCGUAGCACAAAUUCCACCUCCUUUGCUGUUCAUGCAAUACAGAUUUUUCUAGAAUCCAAAAUUAGCAUCACAGGUUGCAUCCUUCCAGACCCAGACAUUUUUGCAGUUCAUACACUGCAGACGCGCAUCGACGGCUACACUUCCGUGACGGACUAUCGAAGGGAAAAAUCCCCCCUCCCCAAAUCGAAAAUGCAUCCUUUUAAAAAUUUGUAAUGCUGAUUUCUGGCCACAAAUCAGUUCUGUCUUGCAAGAAAGCAAAGCCAGAGCUUCCGCCGCAUUACGUAACGUAGGCCGCGACUUGUAAUGCUGCUGCGCCGACAGGGUUGACGUCUGCCAUGCUAGGCGCCCACCUCGAAGCAGCCCCUUUCAAGCUUUGCGUCUUCCUGCAGUCCUCGACUGCAAGACAAAGCUGAUUUGUGUACACAAAUCCCGCAACACAGAUUGCCAUUUUGAUAUGGGGAGGGGGAAUUGUUCAUUUCGAUACGGACAACGGUAACUUCCUGCGCGAAAAUCACGGGGCGAAGCAAGCCGUUGCGCUUGAAAAACUCGGUGCUGUUGCGGAGCAGGAGGCUGCGGAGCGCAAUUAUCUGGUCGUCCAAGACGACACCGACACGGCUCGAGCGGUUACAGAAGAGGAAAACUUCGUGCAGGGAGGUCGACGAGAAGAUGACCAGCGGAGGCAGGAAGAUCGUAUUCGAUCAUCCACCGCGGAAAAUGUUUUGAAGCUGCAGGAGGCCGAUUUACUACAGCUCCCUGAGUUCGAGCUGCUGUUGGAGGAGGACGAAGUUUUGGAAGAAAAGAAGCAGGCGACCCGUGCAGGUGAAGCACCCGAAAGGAGCGCUGGCGACGAGCCCUGCACGCUCUACAAACUGGCGACCCGCGUUUUGUACAAGGCAGCGGGCAGCAAGACGCAAUGGUGCGACACCCUGGCGGGCUGGGUUACCGCUUAUCUCAGCAGGAAGGCUACUGGUGCAGUAGCUCUUGACAGCAGUAGUAGCACAGGUCAGGGACUCCAUCGUCGGGAAGAUUCGACUUUUGUGGAGCCCGCCAGAAUCUCCUUAGCCGACAGGGAUCUCGUGUUGCCGAAAAAGGCAGAUGGUCCUAGUGUGGUCAAGGAUGGCUCCACGGAAAUAAUGAAUAACCGUCCUUCCAUGUUGGCAGAAGCUGAAGCUCCACCGCAACAAGCCCGUUCACCUAGAUCGCGACAGCAAAAAAACCCAACGACCUCGCCCCCCUCCGACGAGCGCAGUCUGACGCGCACGGCACUGCGCUACAUCAGCAAUAUGGACAGGUUGCGCCGCGCGCGAACCGACAUCUCGAUGGCCAGCAACAUGGAGAAGAUCAUGCGCGCGCCCCCCCAGCUGGGCGGCGACCGGUCAAGAAGCCUAGUUUUUUUCUACAGCCUGGAAUUCUGGUUUGUCUUCGCGACGCUGGUCGAAAAAGAGUACCGGGGCGUUGUGGACUCGCUCCAGAUCGACACGCAUAUGCGCCAAGGUUGGACCGCCUUCGACGAGAUGGGUCAGUUAGUGCAACGAGUAGAUAGAGAUGAUCCACCACCGCGACCCGUGGAGCUGCAGAGAAAGGAAAAUUCCCUUUCCCCUACCAAUGUUGAAGCUCCAGCGGCAGGAGCUGCUUCACCCGGCGAUGCGUCCACUUCGCAAGACAGCACCAAAAAAACUUCUCUUGUUCCGAGCUCUCCGCCGACUUUGCUGGACGAGCAGCUGUCGCGGUCCGAGCGGCACGCGCUGUUGCACCUGAUGCGCGGCGUCCACGAGCUCUGCGAGGCCUUCCGGUUUCCCUACCUGCUCUCGUCCGGCACGCUGCUUGGGGCCAUUCGCCACCACUCCUUGAUAUCAAAUGUAAAAAUGUCUGGGUCGGGAUGAUUGCAACUUGUCAUGCUAAAUCUGAAUCAGGCAAAAAACUGUGUUGCAUGAUUGUCAAAAGUUGUGCACAUCUGACCUAAUCGAGAGGCAGUUUCUCAUGCAGAAUAGGCAUUAGAAAAGUCUCGCAGAUGAAUCUGUCAUACUAUGUCCUACAUACCAGACCUCAUGGGUCAUAGAGAACCUGCACGACAAAUCUGGGAAUCUUCCAGACCCAGACAUUUUUGCAAUCCAUACUUGAUUCCUUGGACCGGCGACGCAGAAGUAUCCCUGGACUACUCGUAUUUCGGAUUCGUCUAUGCACUGCAAAAAUGUCUGGGUCUGGAAGAUUGCAACUUGUCAUGCUGUCUUUGGAUUCCAAAGAAAUCUGUAUUGCGUGACCAGCAACAGGAGUCCAGUUUGUGUUACGCGGAGAGGGCGUUUCUCAUGCAGAAUGGGCAUCAGAAAGCCCUCUAAAAAUCUGUGAUGCUAGGUCAUGCAUUACAGACGUCAUGCGUCAUGCAAAAUAUGCAUGCCAAACCUGGCCACCUUCCAGACCCAGACAUUUUUACAUUUGAUAUCGUCCUCAAUGUCGCCCUGCUGCAAAGCCUGAGACAAUACGUCAACCCGAAUUAUAAUAGAGUGUUGUACUCGAAGUCGAAGAUGAAGAACACCGAGGACCACGAGCAGCUUCAACUACGCCAACAGGAAUAUGAAACCUCCACCAGCGGCGCGAAGAUGUCGAGCUCACUUGUUGAGGAUGCUGAUUUCUGCACGAGCACCAGCACAAUGAGUCCAGUUUUGUGCGCAUGGCUGCGGUCGAACCCGGCGGGUCUGCGCACCGCGCAGCGGAUCUUCCGGGACGAGCGAAUGGUGCUGCAGAUGUAUGUAUGCAUCGCAAAAAGUAUGAACGUACCAGUAUAAAUCGCAUGACAAAUUGUUUCAAGAAAAAAGUGCAAUCUGUCAUGCAGAUUCAGGUAAAAAUGUCUCGUCUGUCAUGUUGCAAGACCGGCAUUUAUACUUACGAGUGCGAUACUUUUGCACAGGAUAGUACGCGCGGCGGCCCCUGUCCCUGAAGUUUUUCUACCGCGAGGAGCACAAGUUUUCCGAGCCGGUUCCGGGGUUCGCGUACCGGUUUCCCUACCUGGACAUUCACCCAAACUACGUGGAUGAAGCGAGCCAGGAGCUCGGAUACACCAGUUACGAGUGGGGCUACCGCUUCCCGCUCCACUUUGCCUACCCGCGCCGGG